AUGUCCUCCGCCGCCCCUCUAAGUCCUACGAGCACCACAAGCUCCGUCAAGCUCCGUCGCGACACCGGGUUUCCUGAGCCCUUUUGCGGUAGCCGAAAUACAACUUUGCCACACCCCGAAGCGAAUCUGUCACCGGACGCCACUCUAGAAGCCUCCGAUAUCGAUCCCUCUCGAGCACUCACCCGGACAAGGCGGUCUUUCCUAGCCAAGAAGAGCAAGUACCGACAUACACUUUCCCACGGGAAGAUCGCUCCGACAACAUCUACCGAUUCUGGCCUUUCGCACGACUCCGACCCCGAUGCCGGCGGCAGCUCCCACUACCUUGAGGAGAUACAUGUCGUCAUGCUACCAGACGGAAGAAUAUCCAAAGACGGCGAAUUCAGUCGCGAGUCAAUAGAGUCAGCCAUGGACGGCACCGAGUCGCAAAAGAAGAAGAAACCCUUCUUAAAGAGAGUCUUCGGCCAAUAA